AUGAAGAAGCCCAAAUUGUGCCUCCGCGCGUUGGGAAACAAGCACAAGGGCUUUAUCCUGCCUCGGAGCCCGUUCUUCUCUUUCUCCUACCGAUUGAAUCGAGGGGCCUCGAAGCGUAGCGUCCGAGAUCUCGAGACUACCAGAACUCGCCGCCGCGUUGACUCGGUGGCAAGCAACAUGUGCAUCGCGCGAACGGUCACAUACGACUGCAACCACAAGAAGAUUAUCGAGACUAGCUGCGAGUACUGGAGCCUCCCUGUAGCUGGGGCCUUUCGCGCGUGUAAGACGAGCACUAGCACCGAGCACGUGCGUCAGCGAGUCCGAAGCAACGGAGAGCACGAGCAAGGACUGGGACGCGCGCGGCUCGAGUCGCACGUUUCUGAGCCUCUCCGCGGCCGCGAGGGCUGGGCGGAAAGCGGUUGGAUCUCGGGGAGGAGACUCCGGCUCUCGGCACAGACGUUCCCGUUCCUGUCCCAGAGGGAGUGGAAGAGGAAGUGGCAUCCGCCGGCCAACUGGGAGAUCGGCAUGGUCCGCCAGGUCGUUGUCCAGCACGAUCCCCCGGCGCCCACGACCUACCUCAAGGUGCCCGAGACGGCGCCGCAUGUACGUAACAAGGCCCUCAAUCUCUUGGAUAAGGCCCGAGCUCCUUCGCCUCUCCGGAGGCUGCUCAUGCCGCCUUGGGAGAGGCGCCACGUAUUGCGCAGCGCCUUGGAUGCUGACGAGCUCUUUUUCGAAACUGUCGAGGCCGCCCCCAAGAUCUCGGUGAGCAGAGGACCUACCGCCGCCGCCCCGGACGGCGCGAAGAAGGAGACUGCGCCGGUCGAUGUCAUGGGCCAAGCGGCGAAGAAGAGCGCGUUUCGGACGAUGAGCAUGAAGCACAAGGCCGAGAAGGAACAGGGCCAUCAACCCCACUCGACGAAACCCCCAUUAUCCGCGUCCAGCGCGCCGACUCGGCGGACGGCGCUACUAUACCCGUGCCGCAGUCUCUCGCCAUCAGCCCGUCGGUGUCCGUCCGCAAGGUCCGGUUCCAUGAAAUUCCCCGAAAGCCAGUUCGUCGAGAGCCUCCCACGCAGCCGCAAUCCGUGCUACGGUCUCCGUCACAAGCGCGGGCCCAGGCGCCACCGCAAACGCCUCUCGCCGCCUCCCAGCCCCACGUCCCACUUCAGCACCCACAGUCACCGCCGGCCAAGGGAGCUCUCCUUGAGCACCUUCGGCCACUUCGUGUGGAGAGCCUGA